AUGGCAUUGAGAAACAAAUUCAAGAACAUGCGUAAGAAGGCAGAGAAUUGCUCUGAAGAAAUGUUGGCAAAAAAAAGGCACUUCCUGGUCAAGCGGAAACAGCAGGUGGCUUCUGGUGAAGCUACAAACAAGAAGUUAUGCCGCCUUUUUGAUUGCAGUCAUCUUGUAGCAUAUGGGGAAACUGCCGAGUCAUUGAGGCUGCACAAUGAAUGGCUACAAGACAAUGCUGGCUGCCAAGAUGAAGAGGCAGUAAGGCCGAGGCUGCUUGCAACAGCAAGAGAGAGGCAUGAUCAACUUCGCAGCCUUACGCUGUCAGAUGCUCUGUUGCUGUUCCCCUUUCUGGCAACUGAGGCAUCGCUUCUCGUGGAGUUUGACCUACUUUUCCAAAGAAACGUGAUGGAGGCAAUGGAGAAUGGCUGCAAGCAGCUUGGUUACACUAUUCUGAGCUUUGGAGAGCCAGAAGAGAUUGUGGCAUUUUCCGAAGUGGGAUCCGAGGAUGCUGUUCUGGCAGUUCUGCAGUUUGUAGCAAAGCGCUGCAAGGAGCCCAUAGAUAGCAUCAUUACGCAGGAAGAAGCCCCGCUGGCCCCGUGUCUGGUGCAGGAUGAAGGAUUUGCACUGCACAUAGACAAGCAACUAUUGUUUCAAGUCUCCUCGCUGCUUUCGGGAGUAGCCUGCCUCUUUGCAUCCUUUUUCCAUCAAGAUGUGCCUCAGUUGACCAUUGCGCCAUGUUUCUGCAUCCUCUCUGUUGCCAAUGGCAUCUUCUCCUGA